GAAGCAUCAACGCGUCGCGUUCCUGAUAGCGAAAGAUUUCUCGCCGACGACGACAGAACAACCCUCUUCACACUCAUACGUACAUCUAGUGCAACCAACUCUGGGAGCAAGUUUUGGAGUGUCAUCACCAUGGAUCGAAGAACACCAUAUUCGUUGAGCGUGCUCCAGCCACAAACGGAUGGCCUGGCGGAACCGCGCACAAGAAUCCAAGCGCAGCUACGGGAAUUCAUCCUGGCCUUCCAGCUAGACAACACAUUCAUUUACAGGGACCAAAUUCGACAGAACGUGCUGAUCAAAAAAUUCUACUGCGAUGUUGAUAUCGCCCAUCUCAUCGCAUACAACGAAGAACUAGCGCAUAGACUUACUACCGACCCAGCUGACACAAUCCCGCUUUUUGAAGCCGCUCUCAAACAAUGCACUCAAAGAAUCGUCUAUCCGUCUGAACGAGAUAUUGAACUGCCAGAACAUCAACUUUUACUGCACUCAAGCGUAUCUCAUAUCACUAUUCGGGAUCUGAAUGCCACCAAUAUAUCUCACCUGGUUCGAAUCCCAGGUAUUGUUAUCGGAGCGUCCACGAUUUCGUCAAAAGCUACUCGUCUACAUAUAGUAUGUAAGAACUGUGGGGAGAGGGAAAAUAUUACAAUCGACGGCGGAUUCUCAGGCAUCACACUCCCAAGGCAAUGCAGACGCCCCAAGGAAAAGGGCCAGGAUCCAUGCCCUCUCGAUCCGUACGUGAUAGAGCACGAGAAAUCCCAGUUCGUUGACCAGCAGGUUCUCAAAUUGCAAGAAGCCCCAGACCAAGUGCCUGUAGGGGAACUUCCUCGACAUAUCCUUAUAUCCGCCGAUCGAUAUCUCGCUAAUCGCGUUGUUCCUGGUUCGAGGUGUACUGUCAUGGGCGUGUUUUCAAUUUACCAAGCAAAGGGUAGCAAGAACUCGACAAAAAGUGCAGUGGCUAUUCGAAACCCAUAUCUUCGUGCUGUUGGGAUAAGUACCGAUGUCGACCACACAGCCAAGGGCAAUUCGGUCUUUUCUGAUGAGGAGGAACAGGAGUUCCUGGAAAUGAGCAGACGUCCGGAUCUCUAUCAAGUCUUCGCUGAUUGCAUUGCUCCGUCGAUCUAUGGAAACCAAGAUAUUAAAAAGGCGAUUGCCUGUCUGCUCAUGGGUGGAUCCAAGAAAAUCCUGCCUGACGGCAUGAAGCUUCGAGGGGAUAUCAAUGUGCUGCUACUGGGUGAUCCUGGUACCGCUAAAUCUCAAUUGUUGAAAUUCGUGGAAAAGGUGUCGCCAAUUGCAAUCUACACGUCUGGCAAAGGCUCCUCGGCUGCUGGUCUUACAGCCUCCGUCCAACGGGACACUACAACACGUGAAUUCUAUCUUGAAGGUGGUGCGAUGGUGCUUGCAGAUGGUGGCGUUGUCUGUAUUGAUGAAUUUGACAAGAUGAGAGACGAAGAUCGAGUCGCCAUCCACGAAGCCAUGGAACAGCAGACUAUUUCCAUUGCGAAGGCUGGCAUUACCACUAUACUCAAUGCUAGAACGUCUGUGCUUGCUGCUGCAAAUCCAAUCUUCGGACGAUAUGAUGACUUGAAAACUCCUGGUGAAAAUAUCGAUUUCCAGACUACUAUCCUGUCCCGGUUUGAUAUGAUAUUCAUCGUUAGAGACGAGCAUGAAAAGGGCCGUGAUGAGAGAAUCGCCAGACACGUUAUGGGCAUUCACAUGGGUGGGAGAGGAGUGGAAGAGCAGGUCGAAGCUGAGAUCCCAGUUGAAAAAAUGAAGCGAUACAUCAGCUACUGUAAAUCACGCUGUGCCCCACGUCUUUCCCCAGAAGCCGCAGAAAAGCUCUCCUCCCACUUCGUCUCCAUCCGCAAGCAAGUACACAAAGCCGAACUAGACGCCAACGCACGCUCCUCAAUCCCCAUCACCGUCCGCCAGCUCGAAGCCAUCAUCCGCAUCAGCGAAUCUCUCGCCAAACUCACCCUCUCCCCCAUCGCAACGGAAGAGCACGUGGACGAGGCGAUCCGCCUAUUCCUCGCCUCGACUAUGGACGCUGUCACGCACGGAGAGGGCCAGGGGAGCAAAGAGUUAAUGGAGGAGGUUGGCAGGGUCGAGGAUGAGCUCAAACGCCGACUGCCGAUUGGGUGGAGUACGAGUUUGUCUACCCUCAGGAGAGAAUUUGUGGAUGGAAGAAAUUACAGUGAGCAGGCGCUCAAUCGGGCGUUGCUUAUUCUCCAGCGGCGGGAAACGAUUCAGUUUAGAUCUGGUGGUUCUCAGAUAUAUCGGAAUGGGCCAUGAUUGGUCUUGCUCUGUGGUUUCUAUUUCUUUCUAUUUUUUUCCUUUUUUAACAUUGUUCCUGUCCUCUUCUUUGAUACUUGCGUCGGCAUUUGUCGCUCCCCAUUUGUUCCGUAGAAAAGGAAGCAAGGCAAGAAGGUGGAUCCUGGAUUUUCGGCAAGUUACAGCUUGAAAACGGUCAACGGUUAUGAAGGCGGCGUUCAUUAAGGAGAUUUAUUUUUAUUGUUUCACACGCGUAAAUGCAUAGGCUGGCUUACAUAUUACAACAUAUAUAAUAUCACGAUACACGACAAAGAUCUGUUGCACAUGAUAGUUCUAUAAACAUUCUGUCAGUUCAACGGUUUAUGAAGCGGAUUAUCAGGUUUCCCUGAACUUCCAUCGCUUGAUAUGACCAGUACAUGCCCCAGUAAAUAGAUGAAAGGCUUUGAUUUCUUCUAUUCUGAUGAAUUAGUCGCUUGCUGCUGUCCUCCCACCCUUCUUGGUUUCUUCUCCCCUAUAAACAUGGAUGUUAAAAGUGACACGCCUGAGAACGCAGUUAGGAAUAUAUUCUGCUUAUUAUAGCCCUCUCCAAACGCCAACCUUACCGCAGACUGUUGGGCGGGUGUUAAGUUGUCAAUGGAAGCGAGGGAAUCUGAGAUGGCUCGUAGUUGAGAGGGGCUGAUUACGGAUGCCAACUUUGGUCGGAGAUCGUUAUUGAGGAUUGUCGAGCUGCAUUGUCAAAUGGGAUUAAAAGUGGCCUAUAUGAAGGGAAAAUUAUCGGGGGUAAUCGCUCGUACCAUUUUGCUAGUGGUUCAGUGCCGCCUAAAACCUAAAACACACACUUGAGUCAGAGCACCCAUUGUCACCCCUGAUAUUUAUACUGCAUUAGUUUGUUGAUCGUUCCUAACAUGGGCGUCGUAAUACACAAUACCUAAAUCAGGGUCCUUUAUCACCAGCGGCGCAAGGGUCAAAAUGGUAGUCAAACUCAGCCCAAACCCAAGUCCCAUGAGAGCUUUGUAUCCGUACUGUUGGGGCGAGACAUCAAACGAUUUGGUUGGCAGCGCGCAUGUUAAGCCUACGCCAAUUACUUGAAGAACCGAUCCUAGAAGUAUCAGGUAAAAAGGAGGGAUUUUGAAGUUUGAGGUGAAUAUGCCGGAAGCCGCUGUGGCAAGCGGGGAUGUGAGAAGUAAAGGGAGUAAUGCUAGUCCUGCCUUUACUGAGGAGAGUCCACUGACAGCCUGAGCACGUUGGGG